AUGGCUUGUUCGUCGACUCUAGAGGCGGAACUGCCUGGCAGUACUGGUAGAGGGAAGAGAGGAGAGGCGGCAGAGAUGGACUUACUAAAAGACCUGCCCAGUUACGACCGUGAGAACUUCUCUCGUUUCUCACACGGGUGCUGGCAGACCCACCAGGCAACCAGCAAGCCGUAUAUCAGGCUCAAGAACGGGACAGAAGAUCACGCCAUUGAGAUCCUGACGGACAACACUAGUAUAAUGCUGAGAGACCUCGAGAGAGAGGCCAUGAAGAACAACAGACUGACACUAAAGAGAAGUGGGGUGAGAGAAGACACUUCUCGCAAGGUACCGAGACUGGACCUGGACCAAACUCCCCAGACCCAGUCGGCUCCCUGGACUGCUGAUUCUCCAUCUAGUGAUCCUAACUCACCCCCUCUCCUCCACCCUCUCUAGUUUCCUAUCACAUGAUCCCUUGGCUCCACCCCCUUAUAUGCCACCUAUCCAACUUUCAUCUCCACUAUCUCUUGUAGAGUUUCGGAUGUGCCUGUGUAUGCAUAUUAUUAUGACUGUUUGGUUAGCACAUUUGCAAUAUCCGGCAGAAAGUUUGUAUAUUAACAGAUUUUAGUGCAGCCCCAUUUUAUCCCGCUCCCUCAAAAAUUUUUUGUUACACAAUCCUCCAAUCCCUUGUUUUUUUUCUUCUUAAAGCUGCUUUUUUUAACGAGAACAUUUAGUUGCUACCAUUUUUUACAUAUCAAAGGGAUGAAGAGAAUAAAUUAACAUUAACACAUCUGAUAAUAAUUACAGCCUAUUCAUCAUCCUAUGCCACAUGUACACAUAAUAUUACAAGUUUUAGAUCCACUUGAUGAUUGUGUCAUAGAAACAGGGGCUUCCCUCUCCCUGUGUCCCCAACACUACAACUUGUCGAGGUAAUUGGACAGGUCGGGAAGGCUCUCCUUCAGCCCCUUCCGCUUGCGGGUGUCCGUGACAACAAUCCCUGGCUUGGUGGUGGGGUCAAAGGGAUCACCGGGCAAGAUCUGCCAGUGGUCGAAGACGCACUGUGGGAAGGCCUGGCCUGAGGUGUUGGAGCGAAGAUCAGCUGUGAAUCCAAAUGACUCAUUCACAGGGAGGUUGGCCUUGACGAUGAACAUGGGGGUCCCGAUCACCUGCGUCUCCUCGAAGACGUGGCCACGCCUCCUGUUCAGGACACCAUAGAUACCGCCCACAGCAGCUUCAGGACACUGGAAGAUAGAAAAAGACGAUGAAAUUACGAAGCGGUCCAAAAUACUCUCUCACAGUCACAAA